AUGUCUUCCAAUAAUUUGCUGUUAAACUUUUCUAACAAGAUCGGAAAAUUGCUUGAAGAUCCGGAUUAUGAAUUUAAUACAAUCAUUCGAACUGGAAAUGAUUCGAAUCCAAAAUGUUUUAAAGCACAUUCCUUUAUUUUAAGAGCGAUGUCCCCAUACUUUCGUGCUGCUUUGUCAAGCAAGCAUGUAAUGAAGGAAGGGGAUUGGACUUAUUUGGAGCAACCAAAUUUUUCUCCUUCUGCAUUUGAUGUUAUCUUAAAGUUCAUGUAUACCGGCACUAUAUCUAUGGAAAAAAGAGACAACGCAGAAAUUGCUGACCUUCUGGUAACCGCACAAGAACUAGGGCUCCACGAGUUGGUCGACUUUUUAAAGGACCAUUUGAUUCAAAAUCAGGAAAAGAUAAUACAGAACGAAACAGCAAGCACUAAUUCAGUACCGAGUGUAGAUCACAUGAGCGGUUCCGCUGAGCUGCGCUCUACAAAAAGACGAGGUCGAAUUCGACUCGUUGGAGCUGGGCCUGGUGAUCCGAAUUUAUUGACACGUGCCGCAUUUCAAGCCAUACACGAGGCUGAUAUAAUAUUAUCUGAUAAACUUGUACCCGAGGAAGUACUAAAAUUGAUCCCAUCACAGACUGAAAUAUUAAUAUCGCCGAAGAAGUUUUGUGCAGAUGCUAAUGCGGCUCAGGAAGAACUUAAUCGCUUGGGUCUUAAUGCAUUAAAUCAAGGCAAAAAUGUUGUUAGACUAAAACAGGGUGAUCCAUUUUUAUUUGGCCGUGGUGGUGAAGAAUUUCUUUUUUACCGUUCUCACGGCUAUACGCCACAAGUCAUCCCUGGAAUUUCGUCUUGUAUGUCCGCUCCCUUGUUAGCCAAUAUCCCUGUAACACACAGAGGAGUAGCGUCACAAUUUUUAGUUUGUACAGGAACGGGAAAGCAGAACACCUUACCUGAUAUCCCACCUUAUCAUCCUUCUCGCACAACAGUAUUUCUGAUGGCAUGUCACAGAAUUAAACAAAUAACGCAUGUCUUAAUAAAUGAUGAAAAAUAUCCGCCAGAAUGUCCUUGUGUUGUUAUCGAACGAGCCAGUUGUAAAGAUCAAAAUAUUAUACGAGGAACAGUUGGAACAAUUGCUGAAAUUUUAGAGCAAGUUGGGCAUAAACCGCCAGGGACGCUGGUUGUUGGUUGGUCCUGUUUGACUUUGUUAUGA